AUGGCGGCGAUAUUUUCCAAGUACGGGGAGCUGGUGAACUUCAUCAUUCGGCCCCCGAGAGAUAAUUACAAAGAAGAAGAGUUGGGCCCCCCCCUCUUCACUAUGGCGGGAAGGCUGUACAAACGCACAGACCUGGAAUUAGUCAACAGAAGGAACAUGCGGCUUCAGUGCAGCCACUUCGAGCCUGUCUUAUCGUCUCGCUCAAAGAAGAAGCUCCCCUGCGUCGUUUACUUGCACGGGAACUGUUCUUCUCGAAUUGAAGCCAUGUCGGCGCUGCCGGUGCUGCUGCCACAAAAUAUAACUGUUUUUGCUUUUGACUUUUCCGGCAGCGGCAAGUCGGACGGGCCCUACAUCAGCUUGGGGUGGUGGGAGCGGGACGACGUGGACACCGUGGUGGAGCACCUGCGGUGUCUAGACACCGUGUCUGCUGUGGGGCUGUGGGGCCGCAGCAUGGGCGCCGUCACGGCUUUGCUGCAUGCAUGCAGAGACCCCACCAUUGGCGGCGUGGUUUUGGACUCUCCAUUUGCUUCGCUGCGGCGCCUCGCCGAAGAACUCGCGAGCGUCGCUCUGCAGUUUGCGCUGCCGCAUUUCUUGCUUGCUGCGCUGCUGUCUAUGUCAGAAACUCCAUAA